AUGGUAUCAGAGAAAACAGACUUUAUGGAAACUGGAAGAAGAGGGGAAAAAGGAAACUAUAUAGUACUAGAAAGGUUCCCUAUCACUCUUUAUGGAUUCUGCCCAAGAAGUGAAUAUGAGGUCUGUGAAACAACAUACCUGGAUGGAAACUGCUCCAGUGAAGACCAAGAAGCAACAGGUUCCAAAAAGUUACUCCCAUUGAUUAUGGAAAGCAGAGACCAGUCAGGGACUAUAAAUGACCAGCUUAGCAAUUCAAAACCAAGAACUGUGAGGUCCAUUGUACGUAACCCGGAAGAAAGAAAAAGGAGCCAACAGGACACCUAUUAUUCACUGAGGUCUGAGAAAGAAGCAACACAUGUGGAAUUCAAACCUUGGAAUUUCAAAGACAAUCCUCAUGGAGUCUACCAACAAGCAAGGAAGACUAUGUUUGAGGAAAGAAUUGAAGAGAUGCAAGAUGAACUGCAGAGAAAAGAGGCCUCCUUCCAAAAGCAGAAGGCCACUUUCAAGAAAAAGGCUCAGGACAACUGGCUCAGGGCUCAUGUUGGGAAGAGGGCAGAAGUCAAGCAAAUCAGUGAGACCAACUUCUUGAAUAGAAGACUAAACCUGCCAGAAAUAUGGGCAUGGGCGCAUGGACAUGAGCAUCUGAGGAGACCUCAGGUUGUGAAUUUGGAAACUUCCUUGUGGCUUUACAAUCGUAAUGGCAUUACAUCACCACUUGCCCCAUCUGCUGGACAAAGGUGGCCCAUAAUGCAAAGUCAGAGGAUACCACAGGAACCCAGGCUGUACAACACAAUGUCGGGUGGAUCUGGCAUGGACAUCCCUCCAUGGGGAGCAGACACGGGAGCCUGUGCAGUGUGCAUGAAGAACAGCAGCUCGAUGCCUCCUGAGGACCAGGACAAAGGAAAGGUCAAGGCUGACUUCAUAUUCCUUGUAAGGAUUUCUGGAAAAUUUGUCUUUUUCUGUGACCUCUAGCAUACCCUCAUUGAUGGUGUGUCCUCUGAUAUUUUAGCAUGUCUUUAUUUGUCAAAGUGCAAAAUAAUCUUCUAUGCAAGUCUUUAGACUUCUAAUAAUUCGAAGCUGUUGUCAAUGGUGGAGCCUGAAAAAGCUUGUUUACAAGCUGAGGACUGCAGAUUAACCUCUACACUCCCAGCGAGGAGCAUCUGCUUUGUCAGCCAGUGAAGCAGUGGGCCAAGAGGGACUACAGGCUGAGCUGGUGUGGACUCCUGCUCUGCCUCCUGCCAGCUCUGUGACUCUGAGCGAAUUCUCUAGUUCCCCUGAGGUCUCUGUUCUCUUCCAUUUAGAGCCAAUAUUCUGUUAGGUGUGUUUAGGUCUGAUGUAGCUUGUAGAGUUCUGAGAAUCAGAGACAGGACAUAGAAGGCCUGGGGAAAGCUCUCCUAUUGGUGACUUUUACUAUAUGUGACGUGAGUGGGUUUCCUUUUUUUUUCAUUCCCUCUGUUCCUAGUCUGAGUCAGACAAGAUUCUGCACAGUAGUGAAGGAGACAUGGGGCUGGCAUAUACAUAGAUGGCCCUCUGUCUGCUCUAUACCUCAAUGUCUCACAUUAGCAUACUUCCUCUUAAAUCAUUAAACAUGUCAUUAGGAUUUUUUUUUAACUUCAGGUUUUUUAUUUUUUUAAGUUACAUAAUGCAAAAUUAACAACCCCUCUUUUUGUGUGUUCACUAACUCACAAAAUAUAUAUAGCAGUAUAAUGUAAAUCUAUUUCAAGAUAUAAUAUGUUAUGUUACCCCAGAAAGUGACCUCAUCCUCUUCCCAGUCGAACCCUGCUCUCAUCUUAAGUAAAAAUUUGUCUAUUCUAGAAUUUAAUGAAAAAUAGAUGCAUGCAUGCCAUGUAUUUUUUGAUGUCUCCCUUAUUCUGCUCAGCACAAUGUUUCUGACAUUAUUCAUGUUGUUACAUGAAUCAGUAUUUUGUGGGGACAUGUUUAAGAGAGAGAAUCUGAGGUGUGGGGACAUGCUCUGAGCAAA